AUGAAGUGUGUGUUGCCAGUUUACUUUGCUUUUCUACUUGGCAUAGUAAUAUGCACUAACUAUACGUGCGAUUAUUCGUUCGGCAACCCGUCAUGGAACUAUUCUAAGCUGUUCUACAAUACGACGCACGUUCUACCAGAAGGCGUUUUGAACUUUAACGUGACGCUGCCACAGAACAAGAACAGCAUGAUAAGCUUCGUCUGCGUCAACAUAACGGGAGCUGAUUUAAACACAACAAAGGUAGCAUUCGCUAGCCUCUUCCGCCGUUUGUCCAUCGAAUUCAAAAACUACCCGCAAAACGGAACAGCAAGAAUUCUCGCUUUGGAACAUGGGUAUUAA